AUGAAUGUGGAUGCUGCCAUAAAUGCAUCUAAUAACCAAAUGGGCAUUGGAGUUGUUAUCAGAAACUGUCAGGGGGCUAUAAUUGCUGCUUUCUCGAAGCCUCUCCUCGGAAACUUUGCAUCACAUGAAAUCGAGGCAAAGGCAAUAUUUCACAGCUUGCUUUGGGCCAAUCAAUUGGAAAUACAGCUAGGCCAAGUCGAAACGGAUGCUAUGACGGUUACCAAUGCUUUAUAUGGCCGAUCAAAUUGUAUCUCUGCUUUCAAUGAUCUUAUUAAUGAUGUAUCUUGCUUACUUUCCUUUUUCCCGGGUGUAUCUGUUGUACAUGCUAAACGAACAGCUAACAAAGCUGCUCAUUAUUUAGCUAGAUAUGCUUUAGGGUUGGAUGAAGCUUGCUUUUGA